ACUUCUUUUUUCCCCGCCAGUUGUUAUCAACAAAAGAUACACGUCUGUUUAGAUGUGUCUGGAUUCUCUGUCUCCAAUUUUAACAGUAUCCAUUUAGUUCAUUAUCGCAUAAUACUUGAGUUUUCAUUACGAAAUAGAAAAACGAUUCAUCGCAACACAAAUUAAUGGGCCCAAGGAGCUGUCAAUGUUCGCACCACAAUAAAGAAACAAAAGUUAAACCAUGGAAAACAACAAUAACGUCUCCAAUGACGGGGUAUUCGCAUUGCUAACAUACAACUUUGGCGAUGAGAUACAAUCCGACGUCAUUUUCAAUGUGUGCACCAAAUGCAAUUGGAAUUUGGAUGAUUGUAUGAUAAGUCUAACAAAAAUGCAGGCGCAGGCAAAGAGUGGAAACAGAACCAAAAUCGAAAGUGACGCUGACAUGGUGGUAGAAUCGGAAGAAACUCAAAACACUGUCGGGGACAGUGAGAAUUUGAUUGACUUAGAAGAAGGUGUUAGUAACAUUGACGUUGAAGACGGAAAAGUGCAACUGGACAGUCAGCCAUUCACUUACGCCGGAGCUAUCAAAAAAACAAAUCGAAAAUUCAACAAUUUUUCCGACACUACUGAUGUAGCAGGCCUACCUAUUCGUCCGAAACCCAAAGCCAUAUUUCAUGAUCGGCCAGAGCUGCACGAAAUUUCCAAACAGAUCCUGAAAGGAAUCAAAGUUAUGGUCAUUAUGCGCGGGGCUCCUGGAUCGGGAAAAUCGUAUUUAUCGAAGGAAAUUAUCGAUGCAACGACAUGCGACGAUUAUUGCAAUCAUAUCUUCAGCUCGGACGAUUAUUUCUAUGAUGACCGUGGCAACUAUAAUUUCUCGUCGCAUCGACUCGGCGAAGUGCACGACAACAACCGUAAACGAGUCAAUUACUACGCUUGCAGGGGUUGGAGUCCGAUCAUCAUUGACAACACAAAUAUGAAAGUGUGGGAAAUGAAGUCUUACUUUGACAUUGCCGUGCGAUGCGGAUACGUGGUUCAUAUUGCGGAAGCGAAAAACAGCUGGUCACAGUCGCCCGGUAAACUUGCGAUGAAAAAUUCACACGGUGUGCCCAAAGAAAGUAUUGAAAGAAUGCUGAACGGUUACGAACCAACGACCGUUUCAUCUGUGAUGGAAAGUUUUGGACUAAACUAUGCAAUGCCCAUGCCACAGUAUCGCCAAUUUCCACCGAUGAACUCCACAUCAACGCAGCUGAAUAACACAAUCCAUCAGUUCACACCAAAAUCGCAACGAACUUCCGUCCGACAUUUAACAAAGAGAAACAAUUUCGAUGCGCCUGGUCAGGUACCAGAUCUUGUGCAAUACGAGUCUGUCGAAGAAGCUUUCCGCAAUGUCAAUGCGGCUACUGAGUGGACUAAAUUUGACGUUGAACGAGUUGAAUUUUGGAAAAGCAACGCCACUCAGACGGGCCGUGUGUCACCGCCGAAACAGCAACGAAAUGCUAAACAAAGAUCGACCGACAGCCGAUCAGCAACAGUCACGAACGAACUGCAUUCCAAUUUGUUUACUUUACUCAAAGAAAGUAACGAAAAUGCCAUCGAGAGCAACAAGUCACCGACCGAAGAAGAGCCCAAAGAGACGAUGCUGCACAAGCAUCGUAAGAACUGUAAAAACGAAAACGAUUCGUUUGCACAAAUUCGGUCAAUUUAUCCGUCGGUUUCAUUGGAUGUUCUGUGGGAUUUGUUUGAAAAGUGUGAGGGUGACGGUGACUGGACGAUGGAUAUUCUGUUAAAGGAUGAAACACGGGUGGAUGAAUAUCAUAAUGGGGACGGCAAUGUCUGUGGCACCAGAAAUGAUUUUGAAUGUGACUGUGACGGUUCGAAUAGCAAAACUAUCAAUACCGAUCAAACAAAUGUGCCUUCUGCAAGCAUACCCGAUGAACUGAGCUUUGCUUCAACAUACCAGCGACCGAGACCGAAUCGCGUUGCCAUCAACACUGAAGAACAGUUGGCUGCAAAACGAAUGAUCGAAGAGAGUUUCCAAAUUGGCGACGAACAUUACUCCAAUCACACCAGAAAGAUUCGAAAUCUUCGUCGCGGUCAUGUCAUGUCACCAGCAGCAGGUAUUGUCGAUUCGACCACUAAUACCGACACUAAUACUGAGGAAAGUGCCUGUGCCGUGGAUGUCGUUGACACCGAUUCGAAUGAGAAGGACGAUGAACUGCUGGAAAUAAAUCUGGGAAUGGAUCUGGUGUGCCAGUUGGAUUCAGUAUUUGGCGUUGAAGCUUAUCAGCGUGAUGCGCUGGAGAACUUAAAAGCAAAUGUGUUUAUGCCGAAAUCGUUGGCACAACAGUUGUAUGCGUUAUGGAUGGAAUCGAUGUUCAAUCAGCUGGAAGAACAACGUCAAAAGUCAAUCAAAGAAGAUGCUGAAUUUGCGAAACAAUUGCAGUCGCAGCAAAACUAUCCCGGUUUACAUAAGCAUACGAAACCACCGAGCGACCUGAAAGAUAUAAUGGAAAUGGAAUAUGCGUUGGCCGCGUACAGAACAGAAAUGGACGAGUGGAAAAGCAAAACGCCACAGGAUCUGGCCUUGCAGAUGACACACGAUAAACUCUGCAACAUUUUCCCGGAUAUUGACCGAGAUACAUUGGUCGAAGUGCUGGCGGCCCACAACAAUAAAUUCAGCGAAACGGUUGAUGUGCUGAAAGACACGUUAAGCGGUAAAUCAGCAGAUAAAAUAGCGAUAGAAGGCCGUCAGUUGUUGGAAGAAGUUCAGAAUGAGGUGGAAAUGACGAUCUACAGGUCAAGGCGACAGACAUCGCUGGAAAAUCGAAAACUCGGGCCAGAUGAGGCGAAACGGUAUGCACUGAAAGAGUUUGAAGACACCAGAAAUCUAGCCAUGCGUCACACUCAACUGAAGGCUGAGUGUUACAACAAAGCCAAAGAGGCCAUCCAGCGAGGCAACACAUCGGUCGCUCUGUACUACUCACAGGUGGCCAAUUUGCAUAAAACCAAAAUCGACGCGUACAACCACAAAGCAGCCAAUUGUAUCAUGGAAGUGCAUAAUUUGACACAAAAGAAUCCGGACAUGCUGGACCUGCAUUAUUUGCAUGUGAAUGAAGCCGCCGAGUGCCUUGACAUAUUUUUGGAUAAGCAUAUCAACAAACUGAAGACCCAACCGCAAACGUACAAGUACAUUUUCGUAAUAACCGGUCGUGGAUUGCACAGUGCCAAUGGGAUUUCGACGAUAAAGCAGAAAGUGAAAAAUCGAUUUAGAGAGCGGAACUUAACGUGGUCAGAGGUGAAUCCAGGACUACUUAAGGUGAAAAUUUUCGUCAAUUCGCGGCUUACGAUCAGUGUGUAAGUACCUUCGAAUUUUAACCGUAGACAGACAAAGUUGUGAGAGAUUCGCUUCGAGUAUUUUUUUUUCAUUAUUUAAAAUCAUUUUUUUGUACAAAAUUAUACUUCCACGGAAGAUUUUAUACAGAAGACACGGAAUUAAAGAGCUAUUUUGGUAGUUA